CCCCUCUGUUUGGAACAGGGAAUUUCGGACAUGCACACACACACACACACACUCGGGUAGGGGAUCUCAGGAGCAGACAGAACAGGGAAGUCGGGCAGGCGGAGGAGGUUCCUGCAGAGUCCGACUCCCUCUGGGGCCGCAGGGUCUUCACAGCAUGACCAGUGGCAGGAGAGGAGACUAACUCACGUGCUCCCAUCCGCUCCUGAAGGUGACACUAAGCCCUGGGUGGCCCCUCACUACCAAAGCAGGUGCCUGUAUUUGUUGGAUAAACAGAGCCAGGCCGGUGGCUCUUUACCUCCAAAGUCAGAGGUCCAGAGAGCCAGAGAACCAUGGGCAAAUCACCAGAGAUGUGGUGCAUCGUCUUGUUUUCUCUUUUGGCAUCACUUUCUGCCGAGCCUGCCAUGUACGGGGAGAUCCUGUCCCCUAACUAUCCUCAGGCGUACCCCAAUGAGGUCAAGAAAACUUGGGAUGUAGAAGUUCCAGAAGGCUUUGGUAUUCACCUUUAUUUCACCCACCUGGACGUAGAGCUGUCAGAGAAGUGUGCAUACGACUCGGUGCAGAUAAUGUCAGGAGGCGUUGAGGAAGGGAGACUCUGCGGCCAGAGGACCAGCAAGAGUCCCAACUCCCCUGUCGUGGAAGAGUUUCAGAUCCCAUACAAUAAACUCCAAGUGGUCUUUAUGUCAGACUUCUCCAAUGAAGAACGGUUUACUGGCUUUGCCGCGUAUUAUACGGCCAUAGACAUAAAUGAGUGCACAGACUUUGCAGAUGUCCCUUGCAGCCACUUCUGCAAUAACUUCAUUGGUGGGUACUUCUGCUCCUGCCCCCCAGAAUACUUUCUCCACGAUGACAUGAGGAACUGUGGAGUCAAUUGUAGUGGGAAUGUCUUCACUGCCCUGAUUGGGGAGAUUGCAAGUCCCAAUUACCCAAGUCCAUACCCGGAGAACUCCAGGUGUGAAUACCAGAUUCUGCUGGAGGAGGGUUUCCAGGUGGUGGUGACUCUGCGGAGGGAAGAUUUUGACGUGGAGCCGGCCGACUCAGAGGGGAACUGUCACGACAGUUUAACUUUUGCUGCCAAAAAUCAACAAUUUGGUCCUUACUGUGGCAAUGGAUUCCCUGGGCCACUAACUAUUAAAACAGAGAGUAAUAUUCUCGACAUUGUCUUUCAAACUGACCUAACUGGGCAAAAGAAGGGCUGGAAGCUUCGAUACCAUGGAGAUCCAAUCCCCUGUCCCAGAGAAAUCUCUGCCAACUCUAUUUGGGAGCCCGAAAAGCCAAAAUAUGUGUUUAAAGACGUGGUGAAGAUAACCUGUGUGGAAGGAUUUGAAGUUGUGGAGGGAAAUGCUGGCUCAACAUUUUUCUAUUCUACUUGUCAAAGCGAUGGACAGUGGAGCAAUUCCAGACUAGAAUGUCAACCUGUGGACUGUGGUGCUCCAGAGCCCAUCGAGAACGGGAGGGUUGAAGAUCCGGAGGGCACUCUAUUUGCUUCCGUCGCUUACUACACGUGCGAAGAGCCGUAUUACUACAUGGAACAGGAAGAAGGCGGGGAGUAUCGCUGCGCUGCUAAUGGGAGCUGGGUGAAUGACCAGCUGGGCACCGAGCUGCCGAGAUGUGUUCCAGUCUGUGGAGUACCCUCUGAGCCCUUCAAAAUGCAGCAGCGGAUAUUCGGAGGAUACCCUACAAGGAUUGAAAGUUUCCCCUGGCAAGUCUUCUUUCAGUACCCGCGGGCUGGCGGGGCUCUUAUUGAUGAGUACUGGGUGCUGACGGCUGCUCACGUCGUGGAGGGAAUCUCUGAGCCAACCAUGUAUGUUGGGUCCACGUCUUUGAAAAUGGGACAUUUGGAAAACGCCCAGAGGCUCACCACAGAACGUGUGAUUAUUCAUCCAGGCUGGAAACUGGGGGAUGACCUAAGCACGAGGACAGAUUUUGACAACGACAUCGCACUGGUACAGCUGAAGGACCCCGUGAAAAUGGGGCCCGCUGUCUCCCCCAUCUGCCUGCCAGGCACCUCCUCAGAGUACGAGCCCUCAAAGGGUGACCUGGGGAUGAUAUCAGGGUGGGGCCGAACAGAGAGGAGAUAUAACGUUGUCCAUCUCAGAGGGGCAAAGUUACCCGUCACCUCUUUAGAAAAGUGCCAACAGGUGAAAGAGGACAACCCCAAAGCAAGGGCAGAUGACUAUGUUUUCACCGGCAACAUGAUCUGUGCUGGAGAGAAAGGUGUCGAUAGCUGUGACGGGGACAGCGGUGGGGCUUUUGCUUUGCAGAUCCCCAAAGUACAGGGCCCCAAAUUCUAUGUGGCUGGCCUGGUGUCCUGGGGGAAAAAGUGUGGGACCUAUGGAAUCUACACAAAGGUAAAGAACUACAGGGAGUGGAUACUGAAAACCAUGCAGGAGAACAGUGUCCCCAGUAGGGACUAAUCUGCACGCACUAACACCCCUCCAAGGCACGGCAAACUCAUCGCUCUCAGACCCUUAUGACAGGUCCCACUAUUUCACAAUGAAGAU